AUGAAGAAGUUUUGGGAGGCUCUUGUUGGGCUGGUGGCUAGACGAGGUUUUGCUGACAGGUUUCGUCGGAAAGCAGCACACCCUGCUGAAGAUACAGCUGAAGCCCCAGUCCAUGCAGCUAGCAGAACGAUGAGUAUUACAAACACGAGCGAUCUAUACGGGACGUUUUUAGUCAGCUCUCAGUGGAGCACUCUAAUCCCAAUUCCCUUUACCAGCGCUCGACGUGACGUUCCGCCUCCUGCACGCCCAGCACUCGUCUGGCCUGACGACUUGAUACCGACGACGAGGCCUGCCUUCAAACGAGACAAUUUUCUCCCUCCGUCUGAGGAGCAGGAACACCAGACAAACUCUCUUCCAACAGAUGGGACCUGGGCAUUGUUUGGAUCGCAGGAGUUUGCAUUGGUAGACGGGCAUGCCCCACAGAGUCAGGACUCAUCUACGGAUAAUCUUAUCGAUAAGCUGGUUGACUGUCCUCAAGGGCAUCAGAAGCAGAAACCCAAAGUUUACCGACGCUGUCAUUGGCAUGAGUCUCUCACAGCGGAGGAGCACACUUUGGGCAAAAUGGUCGGCUCGACGUAUGUUCAGAAAACCGCUCGACGACACAGUCCGGUUUCUGAGAGAACUUCGUCGUCGAGCGCCUUGGCGAGUCUGAUUCGGUCUGCUAUGCUCUCGCGGACUACAAUGGAGAGUCACGACAGUGAGGAUAAGGACCGAGAACCGGGUCAGGCGGGAGACGGACGUGAUGGAAAUGAGGUAGCUGUCGAGUCAUGUUCACCUAGUUUGGGAUUCGCCAAGAUGAACUUCAGUGCUUAUCGCAGCCCUUCUCACCCUGGCUGUCCUUCUCCUACUCGUCGCGUCAGUCAGUGGCUAAUCGACACAGUGGCCGCAGCAGACGACUAUAUCGAGGCAGGUUCUUCUGGACAUGCGAAGAAGAAUCUUGUUCAUCACACCGGUUCAACGAAGCAGGAGCGGCGCUCAUCUCCUGAACAUGAUCUAACAGAGACCGAGGCAGUUACCGCACUUCCUGAGUGGAAUGAAGAUGAAGUGGCAGUUGAAUCAUGCACUCUUAGCUUGGAACAUGCCUGGCGCAAUCCUCUUGCCAUGUGCACUGUGGUAGAGCCCUCUUACCCAUAUGUCUUUGCCCAUCGUGUCCGUGCGUUUCAUGGCAACUUUGCCUCCCAAAUUGUGAUGGACAUGAGGGCCUCAUUUGAAGCUGAGCGUGCUAAGCGUCGGUACUACGGCUACAGCGACGACGAUGAUGUCGACUGGCUAUUUGGUUAUCCUGGCAAUGCUGCCGAUCAUCGGCUUGAUGAGGCGAAGAGGCCACGGUUCUUACUUAUCGCCGAUUCUGACUAUGGCUGUGACGAGGACGAGUCAGACAUCGACGGAUACGAUUCUUGCCCCGAUUUCAUCGAGUAUCACACCAGCAAAUACAUUGAGUUACUGCCUUGUCGUUCCUCUCAAUCGUAUCCGCAUUCUUGUCCUGACGAUUGGCUUGAUGAAUCAAUCGAGGCAGGUGCUGAGUAUUGA